CCCGAGCUGAGCUAGUGAAUCCGGCUGGAAGAGAAAAGAAGCCGCAGACCAAAAACAGUGGCCUGAAUCCAGCAGGGAGACGAAUAACGGUGUAAACAAACUCGAUCUCGGAUUAGAAAAGAAAAAAAAAGUUUUAAAAUGCCAAGUAAAAAGAAGAAAUACAACGCCAGAUUCCCUCCGGCAAGGAUUAAGAAGAUCAUGCAGACGGAUGAAGAAAUAGGCAAAGUUGCCGCUGCAGUUCCUGUCAUAAUAUCGCGGGCACUGGAACUCUUCCUGGAGUCUCUUCUGACAAAAGCAUGCCACGUUACUCAAUCCCGCAACGCCAAAACCAUGACCACGUCACAUCUGAAACAGUGCAUCGAACUGGAGCAGCAGUUCGACUUCCUGAAGGAUCUGGUGGCCGCCGUCCCGGACAUGCAGGGAGAGGGGGACGAAAAUCACACGGAGGGAGCGGAGAGAAUCCCACGCAGAGGCCGAAAGCCUGGCUCAGGACGCAAGAAUGGAGGAGCAGGAGCCAAAGGCAAAGACAAGAAGCUGUCAGGCACAGAGUCUGAACAAGAGGACGACUCAGAGGACAGCGAGACGGAUGGAGACGAGGAGGACGUUCCUCAGCCCAACACGCACCAUCAGGCACCAUCCCAUUUUCACAGCCCAGACAUGCCCCCUCCGUACAUGCCCAUACCCGUGGGUGCCCCUCAGGCCGCUCUCUCCAUGCCCAUCGGCUCUUUCGGCUCACAGCCUUCAGUCAUGGGGAUGAUCCCGCCUCCUAACGCCAUGGCGCCGCACAAAGAAGAACACGACGACGACGAAGACUACGACUCUUAGCUCCUCAACCUCACCCCGGUCGAACCAUUUUACAUUCGUUUUUCUUAAGUUUUUCUUGUUCGGCUGCAGAACGCAAACGGACGGGACGCGACAGAACUUAAACAGUUAACGUCCAGACACGAGGUGAAGGGCGUUAGCAAGCCUGCAGCCACAGCUGAAGAAGAAGAAUGGGUUGUAUAUUAGCUCUGUGUUUUAAUUUCUUUUUUUAAGAAUUCUUAUUUUACUGUCCAGAUUAAAAGCGGACAAUUGGUUUAGGCUAUUUUUUAAAAAACAAAAAACAAACAAAAAAAAAAAUUGUUGCAUUCUUGGCUCGCAGUCUUUUUUUGGAAUAUGUCCCUAAGCUCUUUUUUUUUUUUUUAAUUUAAUUUUUUUGUAAAUUAAAAACCCAUGAUAGUUAUUCCCUGUAGUCUUUUGCACUUUUUUUUUUGUUUCUCUGUUAAGUUAGGCCGUGAUUUCUUUUUUAAGUUAUUUUUUAUUAUUAUUUUUUCCCCCUACAGUCCGCCAAUUAGUGACUUUAAAAGCGUAGCACAAAUUUUUUCCAAUCUUUGCUAUUUAAGUUUCAUUUGUGGUGUCACCAACACCUCAGAUCAAUCGUGGGGAAAUCCGGCUGCGACAAAGAUGAAGGACGUUCGCGGCGUUAAGGAAUGUGACGUGUAUGAAUCCGGAAAUGGCCUGACACAGUUAACUCUGGUCCAACAGCCUCGCAUUAAUGCUGUUAAUUCUGUCAGGCGUAUAUAGAGCUUUUUUUUUGGUUUUUUGUUUUAUUUCCUUAAAUAAGACUCCAAGUUUUUUCAUUUAAACUUAUCUUGGGACAUUUUAAAUAUAAACCAUGUUGUUCUCCAGUGUGGAUUUUAGUUUUGUUUCUUUCAAGAUUUGUUUUUGACCGAGUUGAACUCUAGGCUGAGAUUGAAAGGAUUAACUGUUUAGAAAAAAGUCAAACUUGCACAAGACCGAAUCACAAACAGAAUCGUGAGCCACGUCCCCCUGUACAAACCCUCCGGACAACCAAAUGCACAUUUAUAUCCACGCUAUUCAUCACCAUCUUGUAUCUUUUUUAAAUUGUUUUAAUGUUCUCCAAUGAGGCCCGUGACGAGCCAGAAACACUUCUAUCCUUCCCUCCUACCUGUUUUUGUGGCUGUCUCUCUUCAGGUGUGUAAAAUAUUUGGCUGCUCCGAGACUGUAUGUGAAACUUUUAACAUUCUUAUUAUUUUAUAUAAGUGAAAUAAAGUGCAAAUUUCGGUAUAA